AUGUCUGCAGAGCCAGCACCAGACACCGGCUCAGGCAGGAAAGGUCUGCAGUGCUCGUUCAGCAUCGAGAACAUCCUCUCCAGCCCAGCAGAGAGGAGCUCCCAGGUCCUGGUCCCGCUCUGCCUGCGGGGCAUCUUGGACCGCACGCCCAAGGGACUGCGCCAGCUGGAGGCCAUCACAGCCAGCAACCUGCAGGAAGAGGAGGAGGAGGAGGAAGAGCUGGAAGAUGCCAGGUUCCCCUGGCCCAUGCGGCUGCUUCACUCAGCAGCCAGAACCUGCAGGAGUCCCCAGGGCAGCCCGAGCGAGCUGCAGGCUUUCCAGCAGAUCCAGCGCCGGACACGCCGCCAUCGCACCAUAUUCACCGAGGACCAGCUGCAGGCCCUGGAAACACUUUUCCACCAGAACCAGUACCCGGACGUCAUCACCAGAGAGCACCUGGCGAACCGCAUCCACCUGAAGGAGGAGAGGGUAGAGGUCUGGUUUAAGAACCGCCGGGCCAAGUGGCGGCACCAGAAGAGGGCGUCCGCCGCGGCGCUGGGCCUGCAGGGCACCAAGGAGCCCCCAGCCGGAGCCCCCUGCGGUCGGGGCAGCCGGGAGGACGGCGGCGAGGCGGCACGGCCCUUCCCGGCCCCGGCUCGGGGCACGGCGCUCGGGGGACGCCCCGGGUAG